GUUUGGAAAAGUGCUUCUCACCCACUUGCUACAGGUUGAGUCCCUGAGAGUGGGGAGGACAGAGCGCGCGUCCCGGCCGGCGAUGAGACGAUAACUCGAGACACCCUCCUCCCAACUGAAAGGCUCAGGCCACUCAUGGGACCACUGGAGGGAUCCAACGGUACCCUCACCAUGGAGAAGCCAUUAGAUGAGAAGCUGCCUCAGGGCUGGCAUGCCAAGGACUUUGUGACACCUGGCCACCAUCUCUCUGCUUCCCGCAGUGUUAUGAUGGACAGCACCAAGAUCCUGGGGGUCCAGAUUGUUCUGAUCACUGCCUAUUCCCUCAUCAUUCUGCUGGGGUUCAUCGGCAACUCUUUGGUCAUCUACAUCAUAGUGAAGUACAAGACUAUGAGGACUGUCACCAACUUCUUCAUAGCUAACCUGGCCCUGGCAGAUCUCAUGGUUGAUACUCUCUGUCUGCCUUUCACCCUAGUGUACACACUGCUGGAUGAGUGGAAAUUUGGAGCUGUCCUUUGUCAUCUGGUCCCUUAUGCUCAAGCUCUGAGUGUCCAUGUGUCCAUACUCACCCUAACUGUGAUUGCCUUGGAUAGGUAUCGAUGCAUUGUUUUCCACCUGGACAGCAGAAUUUCCAAAAAGCUCAGCUUCACAAUCAUAGCCGUUAUGUGGCUAGCAGCAGCAGUCCUAGCAGGUCCUCUGGCCAUCUUCAGAGAGUACCGCUAUGAGGAAAUCCCAUCCAUCAACCUCAAAAUGGCUGUCUGCUCAGAAAAAUGGCCUUCUGGCAAUAACAGAGAUGCCACUAUUUACAGUCUGUCCAUGCUCCUCCUGCAGUAUGUUCUUCCUCUUGCAAUUAUUUGUUACGCCUAUACCAGGAUCUGGUUCAAGCUGAAAAAUCACGUCAGUCCCACCUCUAGGAAUGAAAGCCAGUGCCGGAGAAGGAAGACGACCAAAAUGCUAGUGAUGGUAGUUAUGGUAUUUGCGGUCUGUUGGCUCCCCUUCCACAUAUUCCAGCUUGCCAUCGAUCUUGAUCUGGUUCUUAUCUUCCACGAAUACAAACUCCUGUACACUGUCUUCCAUGUGGUGGCCAUGUGCUCUACAUUUGUGAACCCCCUGCUCUACGGAUGGAUGAACAAGAACUACCGUAAUGGCUUUCUUAUGUUCUUCCGUUGCCAGAACAAGCCAGAAAACAUCCACACUGAAGGCUCCCUCAGAGGGAGGUCGUACGUCUUCAGAGCUAACACCCUAAAUGGGAGCUUCAAACAGUCUGCUGGCAAUGGGCAGCUGCCAACGGAGGUUUAGA